CUCUCUCUCUCCCUCCUUAAAACUCCUUGUAUCUCUCUCUAUCUAUCUCUAUACAUGGCUUAAGAAGUAGACUAUGAAUAGAACCUUAUCUCCUAUCCACACUCCUCUCAUCUCUUCUAUACCCUACACCUUUCCUUCACCUACUCAUUCUCUCCUACCCAUUUCAUUCAAGUUCGUUCUUUGUGUCCCAAAUAUAUAAGCUUUUCCCUAUAAGCUAGCUAGCUAUAUAUCCAACCCUCUUGCCCUUAGUUAGAUGUGAGGCACUAUAAGUGCUUUUUUGUAAACUAGCUUAUUCUUUACUCCAAAAGAAAAGAGAGAGAGAGAGAGAGAGAGAGAGAGAGCAUUUUUUGCUUAUAAAUCUCAUGCUUGAUGGCUCCUAAAGCUGGAAAAGCCAAGCCUCACAAGCCCAAGGGUGAGAAGAAGAAAAAAGAAGAGAAAGUUUUGCCCACCGUUCUCGACGUUACAGUUGAGACUCCGGAUUACGCACAGCUCACGCUUAAGGGGAUAUCGACGGACAGGAUCUUGGACGUGCGGAAGCUCCUGGCCGUACACGUGGAGACGUGCCACCUCACCAACUACUCGCUGGCCCACGAGGUGCGCGGAGCGAAUCUGAAGGAGACGGUCGAGAUCGCCUCGCUGAAGCCGUGUCAUCUCACCAUCGUUGAAGAGGAGUACACCGAGGAGCUCGCCGCCGCCCACGUUCACCGCCUCCUCGACAUCGUCGCCUCCACCGCCGCGUUCGGCGCCGCUCCGGCGAAGAGCCCCCCCUCCUCCGAUGCGGCGGCGCCGUCGCCGCCGCACUCCCCCGCGGCGAAGGCCGACUCAGCUCCCGGAGCUCCGCCGAGCGCCGCCUNGGGAAGCCACAAGGACGAGCCCAUGUACCCUCCGCCGAAGCUGGGGCAGUUCUACGAGUUCUUCUCCUUCUCCCACCUCUCCCCUCCCCUCCAUUACAUACGGAGGUCGUCACGACCGUUUGUGGAGGAUAAAAGAGAGGACGACUUCUUUCAGAUUGAUGUGAGAGUUUGCAAUGGGAAGCCGGUGACGAUUGUAGCAUCUCGAAGCGGGUUCUAUCCAGCAGGAAAGAGGGCGCUUCUUAGCCAUUCUUUAGUUGGUUUAUUGCAACAAAUUAGCCGGUCCUUUGAUGGUGCAUACAAAGCUCUCAUGAAAGCUUUCGUCGAGCAUAAUAAGUUUGGGAAUCUGCCUUAUGGAUUCCGAGCAAAUACAUGGUUGGUUCCUCCGAUUGUUGCCGAUUCACCCUCUAUUUUUCCCCCUCUUCCCGCUGAGGACGAAGCUUGGGGUGGAAGUGGCGGAGGUCAGGGAAGAGACGGGAAGCAUGACCUGAGGCCAUGGGCCAAAGAAUUCUCGAUCCUUGCUUCAAUGCCUUGCAAAACAGCUGAGGAAAGACAAGCCCGAGACAGAAAAGCAUUCCUACUUCACAGCCUCUUCGUUGAUGUUGCAGUUUUUAAAGCUGUUGCUGCUAUUCAAAAACUCGUCGUUGGGAAUCAUUGUUUUCACGAAACAUCAAAUGGAAGCUUUGAUUCUGUUUUCUAUGAGGAACAAGUUGGAGAUUUAAGAAUUAAAGUAAUGAGAGACAAAGCCGAUGCAAGUGCUAAGUUGGAUGUUAAGUUAGAUGGAAGUGAAACUCUACAAAUAUCUGGAGAUGAGCUUGCUCGGAGAAAUUUACUGAAAGGGAUAACAGCUGAUGAGAGUGCAACAGUACAUGAUACUGCUACUCUUGGUGUAGUUGUUGUGAGGCAUUGUGGAUAUACAGCUGUUGUCCAAGUUCCAGUGGAGGCUGGCUCGGAGGGCGCUAUAAUAACUGAACAGGACAUUGACAUCGAAGAUCAGCCUGAGGGCGGUAGCAACGCUUUAAAUGUUAAUAGUUUGAGAAUGUUACUGCAUCAAUCAUCCACUCAGCCAGCUGGUGGACUUCAUUGGUCGCAAAAUGCAGAGAUUGAGGAUAUGCAGUCCUCUAAGUCCUUUGUGCGAAAGGUAUUAACAGAUAGUCUAAUGAAGUUAGAAGGAGAGUCUAAGAGAGAAAGAAGAUCAAUCAGGUGGGAGCUUGGUGCAUGCUGGGUUCAACAUUUACAGAACCAGGCUUCAGAGAAGACUGAUUCUAAGAAAAGCGAUGAUACUAAAGUUGAGCCUACUGUAAAGGGGCUUGGUAAACAAUUUGGGCAGCUUAAAGAGAUAAAGAAGAAGGUGGAGGACAAGGGUGGCAAGACUAAUAUAGCAAGAGAAAAUUCUUCACCUACAGGAGAUGAUGCAAAUAAGACAUGUGGGGCCGAGAGUGCCAAUUCGAAGGAGGAUAAGGAAAUGCUGUUGCGUAAAGUGCUUCCUGAAACAGUGUUCUUACGCCUGAAAGAGUCUGAAACUGGACUUCAUGUUAAGUCACCUGAUGAGCUGAUUGAGAUGGCACAUAAAUAUUAUGAAGAUACUGCCCUUCCAAAAUUGGUUGCUGAUUUUGGUUCACUUGAACUUUCUCCUGUUGAUGGGAGGACAUUGACAGAUUUUAUGCACACUAGGGGCCUGCAAAUGCAUUCACUGGGUCGUGUGGUUGAACUCGCAGAUAAGCUUCCCCACAUACAAUCCCUCUGUGUACAUGAGAUGAUUGUUCGAGCUUUCAAGCAUAUACUGCAAGCUGUUGUUGCAGCAGCUGAGGAUAUAAAUGACAUGGCCGGGUCGAUUGCCUCGUGCUUAAAUAUAUUGCUGGGCUCGUCACCGGCAGAGAAUGUUGACUGCAAUUCUGAGGAUGAUACUAAUCUCAAGCAAAAAUGGUUAGAGAUUUUCCUAGAAAGAAGAUUUGGUUGGAGAUGGAAAGAUGAAUAUAGCCUUGAUUUGAGGAAAUAUGCUAUUCUUCGUGGGCUCUGCCAUAAGGUAGGACUUGAGCUAGUUACUAGAGAUUAUGAUAUGGAUACUCCAUAUCCUUUCAGAAAAUCAGAUAUUAUCAGUAUGGUUCCUGUCUACAAACAUGUUGCUUGCUCAUCUGCUGAUGGGCGAACUCUCUUGGAGUCAUCAAAGACUUCCUUGGAUAAAGGAAAACUGGAUGACGCUGUUAACUAUGGCACAAAGGCACUUGCGAAACUUGUGGCAGUAUGUGGCCCUUACCACAGAAUGACAGCAGGAGCCUACAGCCUUUUGGCUGUAGUACUCUAUCAUACCGGUGACUUCAACCAGGCAACAAUCUACCAACAGAAGGCUUUGGAUAUUAAUGAAAGGGAACUUGGUCUCGAUCAUCCAGAUACAAUGAAAAGCUAUGGAGAUCUUGCUGUUUUCUACUACCGCCUUCAACAUACUGAAUUAGCAUUGAAGUAUGUAAACCGUGCAUUAUAUCUUUUGCACCUUACAUGUGGCCCUUCACAUCCGAACACCGCUGCAACUUAUAUCAACGUCGCCAUGAUGGAAGAAGGAUUGGGAAAUGUUCAUGUUGCUCUCAGAUACCUUCAUGAAGCUCUUAAGUGCAAUCAACGACUCCUUGGAGCUGAUCACAUUCAGACUGCUGCGAGUUAUCAUGCUAUUGCUAUUGCUCUUUCUUUGAUGGAAGCCUACUCUUUAAGCGUCCAACAUGAGCAGACCACACUCCGGAUACUUCAAGCAAAGCUUGGAUCAGAAGAUCUUCGCACACAGGAUGCUGCUGCAUGGCUCGAGUACUUCGAGUCCAAAGUAGUAGAGCAGCAGGAAGCCGCACGGAAUGGUACUCCAAAGCCUGAUGCUUCUAUUGCUAGUAAAGGUCAUCUUAGUGUGUCAGAUCUUUUGGAUUAUAUAAAUCCAGAUGCAGAGCUGAAAGCAAGAGAAAUUCAAAAGAAACAAGCCCGUGCUAAGAUCAAAAACAAGAUCGAUCAAAACCAGUGGGAAACUGUGGAAGAUGAAGAUCACGGGGACACAACCUCAAAGCGAGAUAGUUCAUGGAUGAGUAACUCUAAUGACAAAGAGAACAGCACUCAAAUCCAACCUGUUGAAACUAAAGAUGAAAAGCUCAGUCCCACUAUAAUUCAUGUAACUCAGUUAAGUUCUCAAGAUGAUUUCACAGAAGAAGACACAUCCGAUGAAGGAUGGCAAGAAGCUGUGCCAAAGAACCGAUCAUUAGCAAGCCGCAAAACUAAUGCAAGUGCGAGGAGACCUAGCCUUGCAAAAAUCAAUACAAAUGCACUAAAUGGUGCAAAGAAUGGAAAGUAUAGAGGAAGGCGCCCUUCUGGCUUCUCUCCUAGGGUUUCGCCUAGCGAGGUGGCUCCCACUGCUGCUUCUAAUUCUGUUACAAAGAAAUUGGCAAAGAGCUCGAGCUUCACUUCCAAAGCAAGCACUCCUGUUUCAUCGAACAACACAGAGAAAUCUGGUAAUGCCAAGUCAGCGCCCGCCAGCCCUGCUUCUUCUGUUGCUGUCAAGUCAUCAAACUCAUCGACAGUGCCGGUUGCUGUUCAGUCGGCAAGAAAAACUUUGUCGUACAAAGAGGUGGCUUUGGCUGCACCAGGAACUCUUGCUAAGACAAUAGAAGAUGAUUCUCCUAAAGAAAAGGAUUCCAAAGAGCAGGAUGGCCUGAUUGCCACCGAACCAGCUUCUGAUUUGACGCCAAAUUUUUCCAAUGAAGAGAAAACCAUUCCAUCUUUAGAUAAAACUGACUGUCCUGUUCAGGAAGAGAAAGAUGUGGAAAAGGUUAACAAUGAAGAGAUAGAUACAUCUCCAGAAGUUGUUGCUGCUCCGCAAGUAUCAAAAACUGAAGAUGAAGCUCUGGGUUCCAAGUCUGAGAAUAAAGAAGCUUUGGAAGUAUCAAACGAGAAAGCAUCGGAUCCUGAAACUAUUUCUCGUAGGGAGGGAAUCUCUAUAGAGGAGAGUAAUGUAGUUCCUUCCAUCUUGGAAAAAUCAUUGGGGUCAGUGGAAGAUAAAGUUGAUACGGGGAAAGCAAAUGAAGCUGAUUCUUCUCCAUUAGAAGAAACCCUGAUUAGUCCCAAAAGCGAUUCCUCUGCUUCUGUUGAAGAUGAAAAGGAAGAAAAUAGAAGUGAAAAUGAUAAGUCUUUGCCUACUGAAGGCAAAGGGAACGAAGAUAUAGUUGGAGUUGCUAAAGAGCCAAGCAGCAAACUUUCUGCCACUGCUCCUCCAUUCAAUCCAUCUAUUAGUCCUGUAUUUGGUUCAGUUGCAAUCCCGGGCUUCAAAGAACAUGGAGGAAUCUUGCCACCACCAGUAAACAUACCCCCCAUGUUGAGUGUUCCUGUUCGAAAACACCCUCACCAAUCAGCAACUGCUAGGGUUCCUUAUGGUCCGCGGCUUGCUGGCGGGUACAAUAAUAGGUCGGGGCAUUGGGGCCCUCGAAACAAGCCAUUGUUGCCUAAUUGUGAAGUUUUUGCUGAUGGGAGUUGCUUCCCUCCUAGAGUGAUGAACCCAAAUGCUGUUGAGUUUGUUCCGGGUCAACCGUGGAUUCCUAAUGGGUACACAGUAGUGUCCCCUAAUGGUGCACCGCUAUCGCCGCAUGGGUUACCACCUUCACCAAAUAGUCUUGUAACCUCACCUACACCUUUACCAUCGGAAGUCUCCACAAAUAGUGAAGUUGAUGAUGGAGGAAAGGAUAACAAUGAUAAGGUUGAUGAGGAAUCUCCGAAAGAGAAGCAAAAUUUGGAAGUCGAGGAACCUUUAGAAGUUAAAGUUGGCAAUGUGGAAGGUGAUUUAAGUGUGACUCCUUCGGCAUGUCCUUCUGAGGAUAUUGUGGUGGAAAAAGAAGCUACCGAUUCUUCAACGGCGGUGAUGGAGAAGUCAAAGAGCUGGGCUGAUUACAGUGAUGGCGAAGCUGAGGCCGUUGAGGUUUCAAGCUAGUAGGGAAAAGGCAUCAUGAUGCACCUGUUGAAGAGAGACGCGACAGUCUCCCUAAGUGAUAAAAUGACACCAAGAAUCAAAAGAUGAAUCUUGAAAAUAGAAUAACUUGCUUUUUGUCAGUUAUGCGAGAUAAUAAUGUGCAUAUGCUUCUGCCGGUACUUGUUCGAACUAAGAGCGAGGAUAGCCACGAGGAAAGUUGACUUAAUGAGGUGCUUUUGCUGCAUGAUAGAGUACAAAAUAAAUCUCUGAAAAAAAUCAGUGGAGUAAGUAGAAUGUGUUUAUUCAGUUUUAGUUUUCCCCUUUCUCACUUGUUAUCCUUGUUGCCAUGAUCUCGAAGCUCCGUCAACCUUAAUUUUUGAGUUAUCGUUGUUGCAGUUAUCUUGAACCUUCCUCAACCGUAAUUUUGAGUUAUUUUUGUUGAUCAGUUAACCAUUCUAUAAACUACUAGGAGCUGUAAAAAGAACUGAUUUUGUUGCGAAGAAUUUGUGUAAUGGAAUAAGCAAGUAAUUAUGUUAUUGUCGUAGGUUUAUUUCUUCA